UGCUGCAGGUGCAAGUCAACACACUUGAAGAGUUGAAGAUGACCGACUGAAGUUAAGCUGGGCGCGUUUAACAGUCAACUGAACAAAAGGAGAAGACAUGAAAUUUAAAUAGAAGACAGCUUCUGGACAGAAAUUCAUCGUUACACUCAGCUUCCACAAGUUCAUGCUCCUCAUCAUGUCUCCCAUCCAUCAACCGCCAAAUUCUUCUCAGCCAUUAUUCUUCAUGGAACUUGAUGCAAAAAACUUCACUGUCACUGAUCACUCCACCACCACCAUCACCUUCACUACCUCUGCCAGCACUAAUACCACUGUCAGCCCAGCUGCUAACUUCUUCAACGACUUGCUUAACAAGAUCCCAUUGCCUCGAUGGGCGCUCUACACCAUCUUUGUGGCUGGUGGUCUUCUGAUUCUGCUUUGCUGUCUGUGUAUCUGCAUCAAGUGCUGCUGCAAAGGCAAGAAGAAGAAGCAGCAGAAGAAAAAGGAUGAGCAGAUCAAUCUGAAGGGGAUGGAUGGAAAAACAACCACAGCGCUAGUUCAGCCAGAUGUGGGGGAUGUUGACUAUGGUUCGACCAAAAAGCGGAGAGGAAAGCUGCUCUACUCACUGGAUUACAAUGUAGCUCUUUCUGAGCUCACAGUGGGAAUCAAACAAGCCAACAGCCUGAAGGCCAUGGACAUAGGAGGAAGCUCAGACCCGUACGUCAAAGUGUACAUCUGCCCCGACAAGUCCAAAACCUGUGAGACCAAAGUGUUCAAAAACACACUGAACCCUGUCUACAACGAGCAAUUCACCUUCCAGCUGUCCAAGUCGACCCUCCUGAAGUCGGUAGUGGUGAUGAAGGUGUUUGAUUUCAACCGAUUCUCCAAACACGAAAUCAUCGGUGAGCUCAGGGUGCAGCUCUGCAAUGUCGAUUGGAACCACGUCAUUGAGGAGUGGCAGGACCUGGCUGAGCCCGCCAAGUUUGAGGAAGAAAACCUGGGGGAGAUCUGCUUCUCUCUGCGCUACGUUCCCACUGCCAGCAAACUGACUGUGGUGAUCUUGGAGGCCAAAAACUUGAAGGGCAUGGAUGUUGGAGGAAGUUCAGAUCCAUAUGUGAAGGUGCAGCUGGCUCUAGACAAGAGGAAGUGGAAGAAAAGGAAGACGUCCAUAAAAAGGAAGACACUGAACCCUUAUUAUAAUGAAUCCUUCACCUUUGAUGUGACAUUUGAACAAAUCCAGAGGAUCAACCUUGUCAUCUCUGUGUGGGACCAUGACGACAUAAGCAGGAACGAUGCUUUAGGAAAGAUUUUUCUGGGUUGCGACGCUACAGGGAACCAACUGAGGCACUGGGCUGACAUGUUGUCCAACCCGCGGCGGCCGGUUGCUCAGUGGCACAACCUGCUGUCGGCUGAGCAGGUCAACUCUACCUUGACUCUGAAAAAGAAGAUCCCAAUCCCCAGCAAACUGGUCGAAAACACACGGUGGAGUUCAAAAUGAAAACAUUUCAGAUACACAUAACUAAUGGGAAUUUUAAAUAUCAUUUAAAGAUCACGUCUGUGGAAAUUUAAAAAAAAUAAUCUGUCUGAUUACAUUGUGUUACAUAUUAAGAUUUACAAUUGUAUUUUCAUAUGAAAUCAUAAAAUGAUGAAUUAUAUUUUACAUAUAUGAGCACUUCUUUCUUCCUGUAUGAACACAUUAUCUCUCAGAUGUCUCAAUCACAUUUUUAAGAUUUCAAUCUGUAAUAAACAUGUUGUCUAAUGUAAUCACACCAAAAUUGAAAUUUAUUUUGGUCUGCAAUCAGUAAUAGACAAUAAUUAAGAAAUUAAAGGA